AUGAUCCCAAACGUGGAAAUGUUCCGCUUCAUGAACUCUUCCCUCCUCGUCAUCAGUCACCGGCCGCUGAACAUCUCACUGGCAGAGCAGACCGCGUAUGCCACCUGUGCCCACAUGCCCGCUUUCAUGAUCUUCUACCUGGUGCUUCAGUUCAUCAACAUGUGCUUUGGCUUCCCGGCGAACAUCAUGGUCCUGUGGCUCAUUCGCAAGAAUAAAGGCGACUCGUCCACGUCCGACAUCUUCAUCGUGCAGCUGGCCGUGCUGGACAUGUUGUUCUGCCUCAUUCCUCCUCUUGAAUUUGCCAACAUCGUGUUUCUGACCAGCAGCAGCAGCACCUGGUACGUGCUGCGCUUCUUCUACGGCAUGAAAGACUCGUCGCCGCUGUUCUUGUCCUGCAUCUGUCUGGACCGGUACAUGGCCGUCCUGCACCCGAUCACUUUCAUGGGACUCAAAGACAAACGGCAUCGCUCGGUUUGCGCCGGUGUCGUGUGGCUCGUUACUUUAGUUUACGCCGCAGCGAAGUGUGCCGGAAACAUCCCGAAAUUUGAGAAAGUGUUCACCGGCAUGAUUCUGGCCGCGUUUGCCUUCAUGGUGUUCUGUAAUAUCUCCAUUCUGUGGGCACUCCGGCAGUCCGCUCCGGGACGCGAUGAAACCCAUCCUGUGAAGAAAAAGGCCUUUAAGAUGGUCAUCAUCAUCCUGGCCAUCAUCGUCUUGAACUACUUCCCACCGGUGGCUCUCUUACCGUUCCAUGACUAUUUCUCUCCGGACGUGUUCGGCUGUUAUAUCAGCUUUUUUGCCUUCGGUUUCAUGGACGUGAGCAGCAGCGUGCAGCCGGUUCUGUAUCUGUCCCGGGAGAAGAUGCCCAAAGCGCCGGUGUGCUGCUGA